AUGGCUCCCCUGGCCGAAGUGGGGGGCUUCCUCGGCGGCCUGGACGGCUUGGGCCAGCAGGUGGGCUCCCACUUCUUGCUGCCCCCCGGCGGGGAGAGGCCCCCCCUGCUGGGCGACCGCCUGGCCCCGGCGGAGCGGGGGUCCCGAGGGGGCGUCCCGGACCUCGCCCACCUGCAGGGCAUCCUGCGCCGGAGGCAGCUCUACUGCCGGACGGGCUUCCACCUGCAGAUCCUGCCCGACGGCCGCGUCCAGGGCACCAGGCAGGACCACAGCCUCUUCGGUAUCCUUGAAUUCAUCAGUGUGGCAGUGGGAUUAGUCAGUAUUCGAGGGGUGGACAGCGGCCUUUACCUUGGAAUGAAUGAGAAAGGAGAACUCUAUGGCUCUGAGAGGCUCACUCCUGAAUGCAUCUUCAGGGAACAGUUUGAAGAGAACUGGUACAACACUUACUCCUCCAACGUGUACAAGCACGGCGACUCAGGCCGGCGGUACUUUGUGGCACUUAACAAAGAUGGCAGCCCCAGAGACGGGGCACGGUCCAAAAGACACCAGAAAUUCACUCAUUUCUUGCCCAGGCCUGUGGAUCCCGAAAGAGUGCCCGAACUCUACAAGGACGUGUUAGUAUUCAGUUGAAUUCAACACAG